AGCUCCAAUAAGAGCACAGGAACGGUCAGACUGGCCUCAUUUCAACACUCCACUCUCUCGAAAAAACUUGAGCUGUUCAACAGAAGCGUUAGACAUGUGCAGCCAGGGUUGUGUGGUCUUAGAUGGAUCUUGUGAGAAAGGACGAAGGAUCGGGUCUGGCCCGCUAGAGGUGCAGAUGUGCCAAUCCAUUUUGCCCUGUCAUGCCAACCACCAGGGUGAACUGGGUGCAGGACAGUUGUUAAAGUGGAUGGACACGAUUGCCUGUCUGGCAGCCGAAAGGCACGCAGGAACGGCAUGUGUAACAGCUUCCAUGGAUGACAUUCAGUUUGAAGAGACAGUGAGGGUUGGGCAGGUUAUCAACAUCAAAGCUAGAGUCAACAGAGCUUUCACCACCAGCAUGGAGGUGGGCAUCUAUGUAACAGUGCAGGAGGUGCUGAGCAGAGUCAUGAAGAGGGUUUGAGUGGCUUUCUCCACGUUUGUCGCCAAACCAAGAGGAACGCAGAAAGUGGCUCUUAGACCACUGGAUCUUCAAGAUUCUGCGGAGGAAAUGCUUGAACAUUCGCUAGCUUCAGAAAGACGCAGACUCCGUCUGUAUAAUGAGGAGGCCUUUAAAAACCUCAUGAGUGAUUAUUACAACCUUCAGGAAAGGGUGACAGAAGAGAAUGAAAGAACCGUAUCGACCGAGCUCACACGGGUCGAGAGCAUCGAGCUGGUGCUGCCGCCACACGCCAAUCACCACGGAAAUACUUUCGGUGGUCAAAUUAUGGCCUGGAUGGAGAAUGUGGCUACGGUAGCGGCCAGUCGACUGUGUGGCUGCUAUCCUUCUCUUGGAGCCGUGGACAUGUUUCAGUUCCGGGGUCCCUCGAGUGUUGGUGACAGACUGGUGUUCAAGGCAAUGGUCAAUAAUGCCUUUCAGACCAGUGUGGAGGUGGGUGUUCGUGUGGAAGCGUAUAACUGUGAGGAAUGGAAUGAAGGGACACCGAGACAUAUCAACAGCGCCUUUAUGAUUUAUUACCUCCCAGGACCCAACGGUGACAGACAAACAUUUCCUGAUGUCACUUACACAACUCACGAUGGAGAAAGAAGAUUUCUUGGCGCUAUUGUCAGAAAGAGAAUUCGAAUGGCCAGAAAACACAUUCUGUACUCAAGAGAUGAGGGGCCGAUUUCUGUGCCUUGGGACAGAAAUAAUCAGGUAUAUUUGGGCUAUAACAAUGUGGCCGCUCUCACCAUCUUAGCAGGAAAGCAGGGCUGGGAAGCUAAUAACAUAAAUGAAAGGGUUGGAACCUACGUGCACGAGGAAGAAGAUUCACUGUAUAUAAGAGUGGAGAUGGAGAUCAAGACUUCGGCUUUUCACGCUUUCUCGCGUCUCGCUGACCUGCGAUUGCGGCCAUGCUGGGACAAAAACUAUCUGAGCUGCAAGGAAGUGGAGAAAGCAGAUGAGGAGGAAACAGUGUAUCACGUUAAAUGUGCCACAAUCAAUGGCGGAAGAUGUCGAGAUUUUGUGUUCCUGCUGUCUAAAAGACAACCUUGCAAAGAUGGAGACCCAUACGUGAUAGCGAUCCGAUCCGUCACCGUGGCAACAGUUCCACCGGAGGAGAACUCCAUCCGGAGUGAAGCUAAAUGCGCAGGAUUCCUCAUUCACAGAAUCGGCCAUUCAACCUGCAAGGCGUCUUACUACAACCAAGUAACAUCAGGAGUGCUUCCCUACAUUGAAGGAAAUUUAGCAGGCUGGUCCAAAUCCAUGGAAGACACAGCCAUGUCCUGCAUUUCAUUUCUGGAGCAAGAUUUGCUGACUACAGUUUUUUGA